AUGACAAGUGAAGCAAAAGACAUAUUGCAAAACAACAUUUUUCAAUCUGAGGAUGACUCAGACGAAGAUGAGGCUACCCAAAAUAUCAUAGCGCUAAGUCUAAUUGAAUACAGAAAGCUCAAGGGACUGCAUCCAAGUUAUGUGAAAGUCACUGACGACACUGAUGAUAUAUUCAAAGCCAUUGCAGAAGGUGAUGAGGGUGCACUUGAGCGACUGACUGCUCAACCAGAGACCCUGUCUAGAAUUAACGAGCAUGGAUGGAUUCCAUUGCAUGCAGCUGCAGUGCAAGAGAGCAAACAGAUACUUGAAAUAAUUUUUUCAGCAUCACCUUUUGGGGCUGCCCAGUGUCGUACAUUCAAAGGGGAGACACCAUUGUUUUUAGCUGUAGUUUAUGGCCGCCGACAAAACUCCAUAUUUCUUUUACAGAAUGGCUGCAACCCUAAUAUCCAGGAUGAUGAGCAAGAUUCCCCAUUAAUGGCUGGUAAGUGUACUGUAUAUAUUCUGAAUUUUUCUUUUGCUUAUUCUUUCAAAGCUAUUCUUAAUGACCAGUAUGACAUGGCAACAUUAUUGAUUCGCCAUGGCGCUCAAGUAGAUCAGCUUGGCCCACUAAGUAGGACCGCACUCCAUGAGGCUGCCUUCCUUGGACUGGAGAACUUUGUCUAUCUGCUUCUUGAGUCUGGUGCCAACCCAAAUGCAUGUGACAUAAGAAAGAAAACACCACUUGCUCUGGCUGCAGAAAAUGGACAUCUAAAUGUGGUGGAGCAUUUGAUACAGAAAGGAGCAAAUGUUGAAUGUGAAUCAGAGUCUGGCAGUAUCUUGUUUGAUGCAGCAAAAUCAGGAAACCCUGAUGUCAUAUCCCUAUUGUUGGAACACGGAGCAGAUGCCAACUUGCCCUUUCACAGUGGUCAUCUGCCAAUUCAUCGUGCGGCAUAUCAUGGCCACAUACUAUCCUUGCAGCACCUAAUACCUGUGACUAAAUUGUGUACAAUAAAGGAAAGUGGGAUGAGUCCUCUUCACUCUGCAGCUGCCGGGGGACAUGCACAUUGCUUGGAGUUGCUGCUCAAAGCAGACUUUGACCCGAACCAAAUGCUACACCCAAGGGUGCGCCGCAACUAUGAUGAUGAACGCAAGUCUGCCCUUUUUUUUGCCGUGUCCAACAAUGAUAUUCAGUGUACUCGCCUGCUGCUUGAGGCUGGGGCAAUGGUGAACCAGGACCCUAUCAGUUGUUUACAAGUAGCAAUGAGACAGGGCAACUAUGAGCUUAUCAAUAUUUUACUGAGGUUUGGGGCGAACGUCAACUACUACUCUCGAGUCAACACCACACACUUUCCCUCAGCCCUGCAGUAUGCAUUAAAAGAUGAAGUCAUGCUGAGAAUGAUUCUGAACCAUGGCUAUGAUGUCAAACGUUGCUUCGACUGUCCAUACGGUGACAGUUGCCAUGACGUGGCUCCCUGGACAACGUCAGUCAUCAAAGAUAUGGUGUUCUGUGAUGUGAUAACUGUAUCCUGGCUCAAGCACUUAUCUGCUCAGGUGGUGCGAAUCAUGCUUGACUACACCAACAAUGUCUCCCUCUGCGCCAAACUGAGGGAUGCCUUACAGGAUCAAAAGCAAUGGCUGGAGAUCUGCCACAUCCAAAGAAAUGUUCGGAGCUUAAAGCACCUGUGCCGGCUUCAGAUUCGAGAGCACCUUAAUGGACUACGUUUGAGAGCGCCUGUUUUCAUCAGCUAUCUCCCUCUUCCACCCAGACUGAAAGAGUACCUGCGUUACAAAGAGUUUGAUGUGUACAACAGGGGCAGCAUAGAGACUGUUUAUUCUGUAAUAUCAUAA